AUGCAAAUUUGUGUUAUAUCAUCUGAGGUGUGCAAGCGAUCCGACGAAGUCAGAUGCACUGUUCGGGUUUGCGUGAACAAGAAGAAGGUGCACAUUCCCUUCUUCCACUUGCAACGGACUCCUACAACCUUCGUCUCGAGAGCAGAGCGAGAAGCGCAGGCCAAGCAGGCAGCUGCUGCCAAAGCACGGCCUGUGCCAAUUGUCCGCACAAUCUCGGCGAAGUCGAAUGCAACGCCCAAGGCACCAAAGCCCUCUGCUUGGGGCGCUCAAGGCGCGCGGCCAGCACCAGCAGAGGAUUCUCCGGAGACGCAAUCGGGGUACCCAUCGCUCGGCGACAAAAGUGGGCCAGUACCCACUCCAGAAACAGAGGUUCCGAAGCUGGAGGAUGCAAAGACUCCAUCCUGGAAGGCUGGCUGUCGGACCUCCAUUGUUCUUGACGGCAUGGGGAAGCGGCGGACGAUGCCAGAACAGCUUGAAGUGGCAAAUGCUGCCUUCAUCUGUACCCUGUGCCGCUUCGUGAUGGUCAAGCCUGUCAUCACGCGAUGCUCGCACUUGUUCUGUGGUGACUGCUUCCACCAGUAUGCCAGGAAUCAGGUAGAGCUCCACAAAAGUCAGAAGACGCAGACGGGGCCCGUUCCGCAGAUCAGAUGUCCCUUCCCUGAGUGUAAAGAUCUCCUCAAAAAGAGUGAUGUGGGACCUUUGACAGAUGGGGGUGCACUGCAGCGGCUGCGAAACAACUUGCACAUUCGCUGCGUACAUCAUCAGGAGCAUUAUAAGUAUGAGUUUGGGAAAGAUGCCGAGCGCCUGUUCCAGGAGCAAGGAAUGUCUUGCGAGUGGAGUGGCCCUCCUGGUGCGUAUGAGGAGCAUAUGGCCGGCUGCCCCAUUGAGAAUUUCCUCAAGUCCCAAGACGAGGCGAAAGCGAAGGCUGGUGAUGAGGUGAAGGUUGCUGAUGAU